AAUACCCGCCCUAGGUGUUAGUGAGGCCUCGACGCACACCAACUAGUCCGUGCUGCAUUGCUACUGCACUCGGUGGAUUUCUCCCUCCCAAAACUUGAAAAGCUCUGAUGCUAAUGAAAUACUCCUACAAAACUGAGAAACUGUGCUAAACUGACAUCCUCCAUUAUUUAUCCGCAUCUCUAUGGAUUACCUAAAAACCGUUGUUCCUUCUCAAUUCGUUGCUGAACGAGGCGAUAAGCUAGUCGUCAUUAACCCUGGUUCUGCCAAUAUAAAAAUAGGCCUUGCUACUCAGGAUGUUCCAUUAAUCAUCCCUCAUUGCAUUGCUCGUCGAACCGCUGGAGCUAAUGUACCUCCUAGAAAAAAUGUCAUUGAUCAGAUGCUCAAUCAUCAGGUUACGACGUCUCAGCAUGUGGAGCGUGAGCGAGCGUAUGAUACUAUUGCUUCUUUUUUGAAGAUUCCAUCCCUGAAUGAAGAAGUUUCAAAUUCAUAUUCGAGGAAGAUGGCCCGUCUUGAUGGAUCUAACCUCCCAACUAAUAAAGUACCAGCAUUCACUUGGACAGAUGUUGUUGAAAAGAAAUGUGAUUCGUCUUCUACAGUGGAAACUUCAGUGAACAAUGAUGUCAUGCAGCAGUCCUCUGAUCUCAUUGAAAAUGCUGAGCUUAAGGAGGCGGCUGGUGUUAGUGGACGUAAAUACAGAGAGUUCAUUUGUGGUGAAGAAGCACUGAAAAUUUCACCAACUGAGCCAUAUUGCUUGAGGAGGCCUAUUCGGCGAGGUCAUUUUAAUGUUUCUCCGUAUUAUCCUGCCCAACAGGUACUUGAAGACCUGCAUGCCCUCUGGGAGUGGAUUUUGACUGAGAAACUGCAUAUUCCUCUAAGUCGAAGAAACAUGUAUUCUGCUCUUCUUGUUGUGCCAGAAACUUUCGACAAUCGUGAAAUAAAAGAGUUGCUGUCCAUAGUAUUGGGAGAUCUGCAAUUUAAUGUAGCAGUUGUUCACCAGGAAGCUCUUGCUACUGUCUUUGGGAAUGGGUUAUCAACAGCAUGUGUUGUAAAUAUUGGUGCCCAGGCCACAUCAGUCAUAUGUGUUGAGGAUGGAGUUACAUUGCCCACAACAGAAAUUACGUUGUCUUUUGGAGGAGAGGAUAUAUCCAGAUGCAUGCUGUGGACCCAAAGGCAUCACCAGACAUGGCCACCAAUUCGAACUGAUGCAGUGGCAAAACCUAUCGAUCUCUUGAUGCUUAAUCGACUUAAGGAGUCCUAUUGUCAGAUUAAGGAGAGCGAGAUUGACGCUGUUGCUGUAGUUCACUCAUAUGAGGAUGGCAUGCCAGCUGUAGCUCAUAAGAUACGACUAACGGCUCUUAAUGUUGCUCCUAUGGGCUUGUUCUAUCCCAAGCUUUUGGUCCCAGAAGUAUAUCCUCCACCGCCCCGUACAUGGUAUCAUGAUUAUGAGGAUAUGUUGGAAGAUACGUCGAAUUUGGAGUACCCUAGGAGACCUGAUGGGUCGGACUUGUACCCUGGCUUCAAUGGAGGACUUCCUAUGUGGGAGACCUAUCCGAUUGUUACUAAUAAGCCCAAGAAGUUGGAAAACAUUGGUCUUGCUGAAGCCAUCACAAAAAGCAUACUCUCAACUGGGCGUAUAGACCUUCAGAGAAAAUUGUUUUGCAGCAUACAAUUGGGCGGUGGAGUGUCUUUGACAAAUGGUCUUGUCGCUGCGGUGGAAGACAGGGUGUUGCAUGCAAUUCCUCCAAAUGAAGCAAUUGACACUGUUGAGGUUCUGCCAUCAAGACACGAUCCUGCCUAUGUCUCAUGGAAAGGGGGUGUGCUUCUCGGCAUUCUUGAUUUUACUCAUGAGGCUUGGAUACACCGUCUAGAUUGGGUCAGCGGUGGCUUGUACGUCGGGAGUAAGCGGAAGUACAGAGAAUCCUAUUAUAUACAAGCGCAGCCCAUGUGCUAUAUGAAUUCGUGAGUGGUUCCCAGGCAGAAAAAUGUACAAUACUACAUUCAGCUGUGUUAUUUGGCUGACGGAUCAACUAAUUCCCAAUAGAGAUCAGAUCACCAUUCUCUAUUACAUAUGUUAAUAUCAUCAACAUAAAGUUUUUAGCUCGGAGUGUUUCGAGGACUUGAAUUCCCUGAAAACUCAUGUAUCUCUGAGAUGACACAGUAUUUUGUCAUGGAAACUCACUGUUCUUUCUCCUCA